GUGUUUCCCAACUCAUUUUGGGAUGUGUGAGUGUGCUGAAGGAAGGCGGGACAGGCGCGUGACAUCACUCAUCUCAUCUGUAUAAAAGCCCCAGCUGUGUCCGUGCGCUCGCGCUCUGAGGCUGCAGAGAGAGAGAGGCGCGCGCACGCUCGCUCAUUCAAACAAAGAGACCCGUCAACAUCAUCCACAGGGCACCAGCAGAACCCAUUCCAGCAAGGCCUAGAAGAAUCAUGACUGCAAACGGAACCAGCGACAUGCUCAAAAUCCAAUUCGGAUUGAUCAACUGUGGGAACAAAUAUCUCACGGCUGAAAUGUUCGGCUUCAAGAUCAAUGCAUCAGCCACCAGCAUGAAGAAGAAACAGAUCUGGACCUUGGAGCAGAACGGCGACGACUCGAGCACGUUCUACCUGAAGAGCCAUCUGGGGAGAUACAUCGCGGCUGACAAAGACGGCAACGUGACGGGUGACAGCGAGACCCCGAGCGAGGACUGUCGGUUCGUGAUCACUGCACAUGAUGAUGGGCGCUGGUCGCUGCAGUCUGAGCCUCACAAGCGCUACCUGGGCGGCACCGAGGACAGAAUCACCUGCUUCGCGCAGACCAUCUCCAUCGCAGAGAAAUGGAGCGUGCACAUUGCCAUGCACCCCCAGGUCAACAUCUUCAGCGUCACCAGGAAAAGAUACGCGCACCUGAACUCCGAGCAGAACGAGAUCGCCAUUGACCGAGACGUUCCGUGGGGCGUGGAUUCCCUCAUUACCUUGGUCUUCCAGGACCAGAGGUACCACUUACAGACGUCUGACAACCGGUUCCUGAAGAACGACGGAAGCCUGUCCCAAAACCCUGACAAGAACACUGGGUACACGCUGGAGUUCAGGUCCGGGAAGGUUGCCUUCAGAGACUGCACUGGAAAGUACCUGGCUCCCUCUGGUCCCAGUGGAACCAUGAAGUCCGGCAAGAGCUCGAAGGUUGGCAAAGACGAGCUUUUUGUUCUGGAGCAGAGCCACCCUCAAGUGGUCCUCACCGCUGGCAACGACAGGAAUGUGUCCACCAGGCAAGGCAUGGACCUCUCUGCCAACCAGGAUGAAGAAGGUGACCAGGAGACUUUCCAGAUGGAAAUCAGUAAAGACACGAAGAAGUGUGCAUUCAGGACCUGCACUGGCAAAUACUGGACCCUCACAGCUAAUGGUGGCCUUCAGUGCACUGCCUCGACUAAGUCUGCUAACUGCCACUUUGACAUUGAGUGGCGUGGGAAGAAGAUAACCCUGCGUGCCAACAAUGGAAAAUAUGUGGCUGCCAAAAAGAACGGACAGCUGGCUGCCACGAUUGACACGGCAGGAGAGACUGAGGAGUUCCUGAUGAAGCUCAUCAAUAGGCCCCUCAUUGUGCUGAGAGGGGAGCAUGGCUUCAUUGGCUGCAGGAAGGUCACCGGCACCCUGGACUCCAACCGCUCCUCAUAUGAUGUCUUCGGGUUGGAGUUUAGAGAUGGAGCCUAUAGCUUGCGAGACUCCACCGGGAAAUACUGGAUGGUGGGCAGUGAAUCGAACGUGCUCAGCAGUAGCGACACCCCGGUGGACUUCUUCCUCGAGUUUUGUGACUACAACAAAGUGGCCAUCAAGUCAACUGAGGGGAAGUAUCUGAAGGGCGAUCACGCAGGUGUUCUGAAGGCCAACGCCGAUGAUCUGGACACCUCCACUAUGUGGGAGUACUAAAAGAACUUAAGUAACCACUGUGGCUUUUUCUUUCCAUUAUUUUCCCUUUCUGUUAUCCAUUUUGAAUAUGGUUUUUGAAUACGAGUGAGCACACAGGCCAACAGCAGAGAGAAACCCAAAGGUGGAGGGUCAUACUUCUAGUCAUGUUUACUCGAUUCUGUCUAAAUACUUCAGAGGUUGUGUGCCACAGUAUUACCAGUUUCACUGACGACGACUGGCCAAAACUGGGACUUAACUGGCAUCCAUAUUUGUUUUGUGUAGUUAAGCACAUCUAAUGUCAUCUCUUAAUCUGUCAUAAUAAUUGACUUGCAUUCAAGUCAGUUCGCUCUCUGGAAGA